AUGCCUUACACCACACAAUCUGACGAAUACACCCCCCACAGACAUCAUUAUGGAAACUCCAGAUCUGGCCGCUCGCCUUCACGGGAGCGCCGGCCUGAUCUCGACCGUGAACAUGUAACCCAUUAUGCUCGCUCACCCUCACCCAGUCAACAGUACAGACACUCCAGUUAUCGCAGACAUAGCUCUCCAUCGCCACCUCCCCAUUCCUAUAGUUCACCAAGUCAUCUCUCUCUAUCAGAUCUGAGGAUUGUUCUAGUGGGAAAAACUGGAGCAGGAAAGAGUUCAACUGGAAACACUAUAUUGGGUGAAGAGCAUUUUCAGAACGCUGGUUCACUAGAAUCAGUAACUAAAACCUGUGAUAGUGGAGAAGUGAAGAAUGGUGACCAGAUCAUCAAAAUCACUGACACUCCAGGCAUGUUUGAUACUGGAAUGUCAGAAGAACAACUGAGUGCUGAGAUCGAGAAGUGCAUCUACAAGUCUGCUCCUGGUCCUCAUGUGUUCCUGCUGGUCAUCAGACUGGAUGUGAGAUUCACAGAUGAGGAGAUAAACACAGUGAAAUGGAUUCAGGAGAACUUUGGAAAAGAUGCUGCUCGUUACACCAUCGUUCUGUUCACUCAUGCUGAUCAUCUGAAGGGUAAAUCAUUAGAUGAGUAUAUCGAAAAAAGUAAAAAUCUCAUGGCUGUCGUUCAUUCGUGUGGUGACAGAUUUCACUCAUUCAAUAAUGAGGACAUGAGUGACUGCUCUCAGGUCACAAAACAGCUGAAGAAGAUUGAGAAGAUGGUGGAGGAGAAUGGAGGACAGCACUACACUAAUGAGAUGUAUAACAAGCCCAGGAAAAUAUCAAAUGGGAGGCUUUAA